AUGGCGACCUCCCGGAGAGAUCCCCAGUUGCCGAAGCCUUCGUGUCUCCAGGGAGGCGUGAGUAGUUCACGAACUGGAGCCCAGUCGAAACUGCUGCACUCAGAAAAGGAACGUCAGUCUUGCUGGCCUCCUUUUCCCAUGGGGCAGAGACCGAAAAAUACUUUCCGCAAAACCUCCUCCUACCUACUCCAGGAGCUCGAUCACUGCUAUCAAGAGUCGGACGUGGACAGAGAUUACGAAGACCAGGAAGAGGGCGAGGGAGAAGGCGAGGGCAAAGUGGAGUUCGAGGAGUAUUCAGAGUCCGAAAUGCUGAAUUUUGAGGGAGAAUUUGAUGGGGUCCUGAGAGAGGAGGUCGUGGCUGAGAAACUCUACGAACUGGGGCGCUCAGGCUCUGGGACUGAGCAGGUCUACCUCAGUGUGACUUUAUCAGAUCUUGAUUUAAUUGACAUUAGCAUCCUCUGUGGAUACAUUCACCUGCAGAAGUUGGAUCUUUCAGUAAAUAAAAUUGAAGAUUUGUCUUGUGUGAGCUGUAUGCCUUAUCUUCUAGAACUUAAUGCUUCUCAGAAUAAACUGACGACAUUCUUCAAUUUCAAGCCACCCAAAAAUCUCAAGAAGGUGGAUUUUUCCUACAACCAAAUUUCGGAAAUGUGUGAUUUGUCAGCAUAUGAGUCUCUCACGAAACUAAUUUUGGACAGCAAUGAGAUAGCUGAAAUCAAUGGACUAGAGCUGUGUAGCAGUCUUACCCACCUUAGUUUGGCCAAGAACAAGAUCACAACCAUUAAUGGCUUAGGAAUGUUACCGAUCAAAAUACUUUGUCUGAGCAAUAACCAGAUUGAGAAGAUCACAGGUUUGGAUGACCUAAGGGUCCUGCAGAUCCUAGAUCUGAGCCACAAUCAGAUCAGUAGCCUCCAAGGCUUAGAGAGUCAUGACUUCUUGGAAGUGAUCAACCUCGAGGAUAAUAAGAUUGCUGAGCUGGGUGAAAUAGAAUACAUUGAAAACCUACGUCUCCUUCGAGUUCUUAAUCUUCUAAGAAAUCCAGUUCGGGAAAAAUCUGACUAUUGUUCCUUCGUAAUUUUUAUGCUACUUCGAUUAACAGAAUUAGAUCAGAAGGAGAUAAAAGUGGAAGAAAAGGUUGCGGCAGUGAAUAAAUACAACCCUCCCCCAGAAGUGGUCGCAGCCCAAGAUCACAUGACCCACGUUUUCAACAGCAUGAUGCAGCCACAGAGGAUCUUUGACAGCACCCUUCCUAGUCUGGAUGCCCCUUAUCCCAUGUUGGUAUUAGCUGGUCCUCAAGCAUGUGGUAAACGAGAACUGGCUCACCGCCUCUGCAGACAGUUCAGCACUUACUUCAGAUACGGGGCCUGUCACACCACAAGACUGCCUUACUUUGGAGAAGGGGAUCGGGUUGAUUAUCAUUUUAUCUCUCAAGAAGUUUUUGAUGAAAUGCUAAACAUGGGGAAAUUCAUUCUAACCUUUAAUUAUGGUGAUCACAAGUAUGGAUUAAGUAGGGACACCAUAGAAGGUAUCGCAAGAGAUGGUUUAGCAAGCUGUGUUCAUAUGGAACUAGAAGGUGUAAGAAGUUUAAAACAUUCCUAUUUUGAGCCUCGAUACAUCCUGGUGGUACCCAUGGACAAGAAAAAAUAUGAGGGCUACUUGAGGAGAAAAGGAUUAUUCAGUCGUAUAGAGAUUGAAUUUGCUGUCUCCAGAGUAGACCUUUAUAUUAAAAUUAAUCAGAAAUAUCCAGGAUAUUUUGAUGCAGUAGUCAAUGCAGAUGAUCUGGGUGUUGCCUACCAAAACCUGAGUGAGCUCAUUAGAGAACACCUUGGACUGUCGGAGGCAACUGCCAAGAGUUUGGCUCCAACCACAGGAGCUGCCUCUAGCAAGAAGACUGCCUCUGGGGUGCCAGCACACCUGGUUCCAUCCCCAAGGCGCUUGGCGAAACUGCAAGCAGAUGGCCAGAUAACAGAGCAUCUCCCUGGAAUGCAGAUUCCUGCAAAGGUCCCUGAAAAUCAGAGCCUAGCUCCCUCCCAGAACCAGGAGCUGACUCAGGAGGGAGCAACCCAUCAAAAAGAGCUUUCUCCCAAUAGCCAGGUCAGCGCUGUGCCUCCGCCGCAGCCCAGCUCAUCAGCGCUUGGUAUUUCCCAGCAGGCCCAAGACUUAUCCCCAAACUGGAAGGAAGGGGUUGCUCGGCAAUCCGAUCUUUCUUCAAAAACAGUAACCACAAAUCUCCCUGAGAAUGAGGCCCAGACAUCUGAGGUGAAAGCAGGUGAAGGGGGGCAGUCUGCCAUCGCUCCUUCCCAAGGGCCUUCUCAGCACCCUGACCCACCAUCAGCCCACAGCCCUCAGCUGGACCAGGAUGAAGAAUCAGGGGAGGCCAAGGUAACCCCCACUGGCCCUCUCCACUCUGAACUUCCACAGGGAUCUGACCCAGCAUCCCGUAGCCCCCAGAGAACCCAGGAUGAGGAAACUGGGUCAGCCAGUCUUCCACCCAGCAGUUCCCAUCGUGAUCCUCCAAGAGAUCCUUCUGGUCCCGACGAGGCCAAGAAGCUUGGACCACCUCUGGGAGAUUGUCAACAACCUCUGGAGGAGGGAAUCCCCAGCGCAGAAGUUGUUCGGGUUGACACUCCUUACCCAGAAUUGCCACAUCCCCAGGGCUCAACCAAUACCAAACAGACCCAGGACAGGGAAGACCCGGUGACUUUGCCUCCCAGAAGCCGGCUGGCUCCCACCAGGCUGCCCCAGCCCCGGGUCCUCGCUCCUCUCCAGAGUCAGAGGCGCACACCCAAACUCCCCUCACCCAGCAGGCAGGAGGCUUUCGGAACAGCCUCAGAUCAAACUGUGACUCCCUCUCCCAGGCCCCCGCUAGCUCAGGAAGGAGACCCCAGUAAACUUCCACGCACCCCCCAUUCCAAAGAGCCACGCAACCUGAGCCCCCAUUCGGGCCACAGUCCCCAGCAAGUCCAGGGAGAGAAAGCCAGGGAGGUGAAGCUCCCCCUUUUCAGCCCCCCGGCGCAGGAGCUGGCACCACAGGCCGCCCCCGAUCCGCCCGAGGGAGGGGGGGUUCAGGUAGUCAAGCUCCCUCGGAUUCCCGCUCCCUUCUCAGAACAGCUGACUCAGAACCCAGGGGCCGCUCCUCAUGAUUUGAGGCCUGCAAAGGAGAGGCAAGCUCCCAGGGCAGGCCGCUCCUGCAGCAAGAAGAUUCCAGAUGUACAGGCCUUGCCCCCAAACCAAGAGCCAGUACAGCAGACAGGAGCUAGGAAAAAUAAAAACCCUAUCCACAGGACAGCUAAAGGGCCCUCACAGCUGAAAAGGGCACCACCUGGAGGCCACGAGGCAUCCUUGCAGCCAGAAUCCCAGAGUAAGCCGGCUCCCCUAGAGGCCCCCAGCCACCCUAACCGCAGCCCUCCUCGGAGCCCUCACGGGGACUGGAGAGGAAAAGUCCAUACGCCAGCCAUUCCUGAACCAUCCCACGCUGAACCAUUGCCUAAAGAUGCCCAGAUACAGAAAGAGAGAAGGGGAAAAGUACAUUAUUCCAGAAGAAAGGCCCAUGCCAACCUCCUCACAAAUGACCUGGUUCAGAAAGUAGCCAUGUCCAAGAAAGGACCAUCUUUGAAAAGAGAGAAUUCUGGAGGAUUAUCUCAAGAAAAUACAACUACCCUCAGCGGUGAUCAACCAACUCCAGGGGGUCAUCCCCCACAGAGGAGACCUCUCCAGAGUGAGGAGGCCUCUGCAGAGUCAGCAGCGGAUGCUUCUGCUGCCAGAGAGCAUCCAAGGCGAAAAAAAAGAGGUUCAUAGAAGGGGAAGGUCUCAGAAGGGAGAGGCUGCUUCGGAUCCCCCAGAGCAGCAUGGUGUGGCCCCUGCCCAGCAGCCUGUCAAAGAGACUCAAGCCCAUCAGGGGACCAGUCAGACCAGAGAGAGCUCUGUCCAAAGAGACGGUGCUUCCAGGCAGCAAGCCAUAGAGAGAGGCACCCGGAAACACAGGGGAGCACCCCAGAAUCAGGCGUCUGCCGGGGAGCAGGGCAACUGGAACGGAAGGCUGUGAGCUCGGGGCAGUCAGAGCACCAAGGUGUAAGCCAUUCCGGGGCCACCAGGUCAUGAACGUCUGCGCCCCCUAAAGCAGUGCCAUCCAGAAUGGAAAGCUAUGGCCAGGGCGCUGUGGUCUGUACACCGGCUUCCCUCCGCAACCUCUAGUCAGCAUAGAUGGGAGGCCCCCCCCUGGAUUAUUAGAAGGCAGUUAAUCUUUGCACAUGUGUGCCUCUUUUGUGGCUCACCCUCACAGCCUGGAAGAGCAGCCCUGUGGUGGGGUAUACCAGCAAGCGGCGCCCCUGCUCCAGCAGAGAGAGCUGGUCUGAAAGAAUGCUCUAUCACCUGAAAUUCCUUGGCUGUGGAUUCACCCAUCUGUUGCAUCUUCUGAGUCUCUCACCCUCUCUCAAGACUGGUGCUGGGUUGUGGAGCUUUAGGCUUCCCUACCAUGGUUCAAUAGUUUUACUUGUCUGCAACACCUUUUACCUACUUUUUAAAAAAUUUAUUUGUUUAUGGCUGUGCUGGGUCUUCGUUGCUGCACGCAGGCUUUCUCUAGUUACGGCAAGCGGGGGCUACUCUUCGUUGAGGCGCACGGGCUUCUCACUGCAGUGGCUUCUCUUGUUGCGGAGCACGGGCUCUAGGUGUGCGGGCUUUGGUAGUUGCAGCACAUGGGCUCAGUAGUUGCGGCACACGGGCCCUAGAGCAUGCAGGCUUCAGUAGUUGCGGUGUAUGGGUUCCGUAAUUGUGGUGCGCAGGCUCUAGAGUGUGCAGGCUUCAGUAGUUGUGGUGCAUGGGCUUAGUUGCUCCGCAGCAUGUGGGAUCUUCCCGAACCAGGGAUUGAACCCGUGUCCCCUGCAAUGGCAGGUGGAUUCUUACCCACUGGACCACCAGGGAAGUCCAGCUUGUACCUUCUUUUUAUCAGCUGGGGAUUGCCACAAUUUGGUAGGAGUUCAAUUUCAGAUUCCAUACCAGCACACAGCCCAGGAGUAGUGGUCUGAUUUCUCACGGGUGUCUCCACCCUCAGUCCAGGUGAGACUGUGCCCAGGCUAAGUCCUGAGGUCUGUGGGCUGAGAUUUCCAGACACUCCCUUUCCAACUUCUCGCCUAACAGAGAGCCCAGGUCUCGUAAAUUAAGCACACAGGGACUGGCCUCGCCUCUCAGUCCAGAAACCUCAGCCCCUGAGGCGCUCUCUGACCUCUUGGCAUCAAUUUCCACUCCUCUGACUUGGAAUCUUCACUUCACUUCCAGCACCUGGAAAUUUUUCUUGCUUGGUUUCAGUGUUGCUAUGUGAUAAAAACAAAUUUCUGUUAUAUAUUAUCCACUCUUUAUUUUGUCUUGGGUGGGGAUAGCUCCCCACAUCUGCUCAGUCAGCCAUAUUGGCUAGCGUAGAUGUGGAGAUUCUUUAUUUUGGCAUUUUUAUAGCAAUACUGAAAGUGUUGAUAUUCCUAAUAAAUCCAAAGGUAUGUACACCUGGGCCCGCUAUACACGAGCAGUGAUCGAAAUUUAGAUUCUUUAUAUUCUAGGCCUCUGGACAUUCUGAUGUUUUACGGGGAACAUUAGACAGUAUUUAUGUGUAAAUUCUGUUAAAUACUGACCUCAUCAUCCACUCCAUUCUUUUAAGAAGUUUUUUCUUAGUGUUGCCUGAUGAUGAUGGUGGUGAUGAUGAUGAUGAUUUUAGCCUUUUAGGACAAUUUUGUCAAAUGGAAAGUAAUUAUAAAGGGGACUUUUCACUUAAGUGUCUGAAAGCCAUUGUUUCUGUCAAGUUUUACUUUCUUUAAUUCCAUUCAUAAGUCUGUAUUAUUUGAACACUAAGGGUACUCCCAGGACAUGUCUACUAGGUGCUGCAGGCUGACUUUAUAAUUUUCAAUAAUAAUUAUUAUUGUUACCGUGUUCUGAGACAUAAAUUUUUAGUUAUCUUACUUUCAAGUUGAAAUGCACAGACUUUAAGUAUACACUUUGUUGUGUUUGGGCAAAUCCAGAUGUAAAACAUUCACUUACUUCAGAAAGUUGCUUUAUCCAAUUUUAUGCCUUUUAUUUUAAACUUUACUUUUUUCCCUAGCAGAUAUUAAGAAACCUCAGCUGAAACCUGAAAAGACUUCUGAGAAGUUUAGAGCUUCGAGUGAGUUUGAGUCCCUGG